ACCGUAAAGAAGAAUUACGUGACAUCACAUCAGCUGAAAAAGUCACGUGAAAGAAAUAUUAGCUCAACGAAAGCAGCGUACGCGCUUCCUUAUCGUGCGAAGCAAGUUAAAAUGACUACUAGCGCACUCACACAAGGUCUGGAAAGGAUUCCUGAUCAGCUGGGGUAUUUGGUAAUUAGUGAGGAUGGCGUGUUGGCGUCUGCCGGGGAAUUGGAGAAUGAUGAGCACACGGCGGGGAUAAUAAUGCAGAUGGUUCGCACAGCCUGUCGCUUCAGACUGCAAGGUGCAGCUGAGCCACCCUUCAAACGCAUGUCGGUCAUGCUCGAGGAUUAUGUUUACACAGUGACCGUGUCUGGGCAGAAGGUGUUUGUGGUCAAACGUCAGAUCAACCAGAGGGAUCCAGUAGUGGUAUAAAGUCCAGUGAAGCCGGGUUGAAAGGACAAAGAAAACCAAUCCACUCUCUCUUAAAUAGACUAACCUGUUACUAUUCUUUGCUAUUUCUGGGUUUGAGUAUGGAAAAUAACGAAAGUAUGCACAGUUGGGUAUAGAAUAAUUCAUAUUGAAUGGGCCAAAAAUACACAUAUCAAACUUUGCAUGUGUGGUCUUGAUUGUUGUUUCCAAUGCUUUGUAACUCAGAAUGGAACAGAAUGGUGCUGAGGUAUCCCCAACAGUUUGCUGAUAAUUUGUUUUUCUCUGUGCCAGAACUGGAAUUCUGUCGGUUCGGUUUUUAAUGAUCUGUUUCUCGGCUGGUGCUACUUAAUUUGGAUGUUCCUCAACAAUCCAGCAGGGUUGCAUUCAACAUAAUGAACAUUGAAGGUAAAAAUACUGUGGCUAAAAACAUGUUUAAAUACAGUCAGGGGCAUGUGUUCUCUAACUGGGUGUUAGUGUCAUGUCCUACUGAAUAUAGUUUGACUGAAAUUAAGAGAUUUUGAAUGCAUUGUGCAGGUUUGUUCUGACUUGAACAAAGUGUCAUGAAUGUGUUAUGUUGCUAUGCAUUUGCUGUAAGUACUUGUGUGUAAUACACUUCAAUGACAAUUUUGUCUAGAGCUAUUGUCUUUGUUAUGAUGGUUGAGAUUUAAAGCUUUAUCACAAUUAAAUCAUUUUUCUUUUGA